GGGGAUCUCGGGGACCGCGGGGCGGAGCGGACGCCAAGUCCGAGGGUCCGAAGGGGGCUGGCGGAGCGGCGGCCUCCGACCCGCGGGCCGGGGGGGGGGGGGGCCCCGUGGCACCCCGAGCCCUGCGCCCGCAGAUAGCGUGGGCGGUGCCCUUAUCCGCCUCCCCGGCGAGCGCCUGCCGAGGCCCCGGAGGCCUCUUUCUCCGGUUGCCUCUGCCUCUCGUGGGCUUCCCAAUGGGCCGGACCGUGGUCGUGCUAGGCGGUGGCAUCAGCGGCUUGGCCGCCAGUUACCACCUGAGCCGGGCCCCCUGUCCCCCCAAGGUGGUCCUGGUGGAGGGCAGCGAGCGUCUGGGAGGCUGGAUCCGCUCGGUCCGAGGGCCAGGUGAUGCUGUCUUUGAACUUGGACCUCGAGGAAUUCGGCCCGCGGGAGCCGUGGGAGCCCGGACCCUGCUCCUGUUUCUCCUCUUCCUGAGGGUGUAUGGAGAGCAGAUUUCUGAGCUUGGCUUGGACUCAGAAGUGUUGCCUGUCCGGGGAGACCACCCAGCUGCCCAGAACAGGUUCCUGUAUGUAGGUGGUGCCCUGCAUGCGCUGCCCUCUGGCCUCAGGGGGCUCUUCCGCCCUUCACCUCCCUUCUCCAAACCUCUGUUUUGGGCUGGGCUGAAGGAGUUGACCACGCCCAGGGGCAAAGACCCUGAUGAGACUGUGCACAGUUUUGCCCAGCGCCGCCUUGGACCCGAGGUGGCGUCUCUAGCCAUGGACAGUCUCUGCCGAGGAGUGUUUGCAGGCAACAGCCGGGAGCUCAGCAUCAGGUCCUGCUUUCCCAGUCUCUUCCAAGCUGAGCAAACCCAUCGUUCCGUUUUACUGGGGCUGCUGCUGGGGGCAGGGCGGAGCCCCCAGCCAGACUCGGCACUCAUUCGCCAGGCUCGAGCAGAGCGCUGGAGCCAGUGGUCACUGCGGGGAGGGCUGGAGACGUUGCCCCAGGCCCUUUACACCCACCUGACUAGUAGGGGCGUCACUGUUCUCAAAGGCCAGCCUGUCUGUGGGCUCAGCCUCCAGGCAGAAGGGCGCUGGAAGGUGUCCCUAGGGGAUGGCAGUCUGGAGGCAGACCACGUGAUUAGCGCUGUUCCGGCUUCAGUGCUCAGCGGGCUGCUCCCUGCCCAGGCCGCACCUCUGGCCUGUGCCCUGCGUGCCAUCACUGCCGUGUCCGUGGCUGUGGUGAACCUCCAGUACCGAGGAGCUCGUCUACCUGUGCAGGGAUUUGGACAUUUGGUGCCAUCCUCCGAAGACCCAGGCGUCCUGGGAAUCGUGUAUGACUCCAUUGCUUUUCCUGAGCAGGAUGGGAGCCCCCCAGGCCUCCGAGUGACUUGCCACAUUCUCUCCCUAGGUGAUGCUGGGAGGGUCCUGGUUACAGACGCUGGAAGCCAGGGGCUCCGUCUUAUCUCAGGAGCUGUUCCAGCAGCAGGCACAGCAGGCAGCUGCCGCCCAGUUAGGACUGAAGGAGCCCCCGAGUCACUGCUUGGUCCACCUGCACAAGAACUGCAUCCCCCAGUAUACACUAGGCCACUGGCAAAAACUGGAGGCAGCGACCCAGUUCCUGGCUUCUCAGAGGCUGCCCCUGACUCUGGCUGGAGCCUCCUAUGAGGGGGUUGCUGUCAAUGACUGUAUAGAGAGCGGACGCCAGGCAGCAGCCCGGGCCCUGGGCUCAGAACCUAACAGCUGAUCCCCCCCUCCUCCUGGCCAUGCUGGCGGCACCUCUUUACCCACGAAAAUAAAAGUUGCUGGAGCUUGGCUGGA